AUGAUCCGAGAGGAGCCUCAUCCAAAGGGCUUGAACCUUAAGCUACCUAGAAAUCUGAAGCACUAUGAUGGCAGUGAAAGACCGGACACCUGGAUCGAGGAUUACUUCAAUGCAGUAGGCUUCGCCGGAGGAAAUCAGAGAAUCUCCUAUCGCAUGCUUCAGUUGUACCUUAUUGGUCCAGCUCGUACCUGGCUUAGCGACCUCCCGAAGAACUCCAUCUUUUGUUGGUUUGACAUGAAGAUUGCCUUCGAAAAUCACUUCAGGGGAACCUACAAGAGACCUGCCAAAACAAGCGACCUGCAAGCAUGUAUUCAGAAGAAAGGAGAAACAUCACGCAACUUCCUCACUCGAUGGUUAGCAACCAGGAACGAGUGUGAGAACGUCGACAAUCGCACAACUAUGCACGCCUUUAUUGGUGGACUGCAAAGAGGAGGAUUGCUCCGGUACAAGCUUACUUGCCUGAUCAACGAAAACAAAUUAACUUUGGACAACAUGAUCGGCAUUGCAAGAACUCACUCCGCCGCUGAUGACGACGCAGGAGGAGAGUUAGCCGCUACAGCUAUACCCCUACACCAGCAGAAGAAAAACCGCGAUAACGGUGGUAACAGCAGCAACAAGCGGAAGAACCCCUCCGACGACCAGAGACCCGUCGGAUCCGACAUGGUAGCCAUGGCAUUCUAA